AUGACAAGCGCAGGUAGCUCGAACGGUAUGGGAGGGACAUCCUCCCUUGCCAGUUCAAGUUAUGAAUUGCACGAUGGACCUUCGCCCAACAUGACAUCCAUGAACGGCGGAGCGGCUGGAGAAGAUGAUGCCUCUGCACAGGAAAAGUCCAAGAAAGCCAACCCUCUAGUUGAUUUGAUCGAAACAGAAACAGCAUACGUAUCCGAAUUGGGAAAGAUUAUCAAAAAGGUAGCAAGUGCAUGGAGCAGGUCCAACUUUCCGCCAGCCGAAUUAGACACAAUGUUUCGCAAUGUGGAAUCAAUUUAUCGCAUCAAUAGAUCUUUUCUCAAAUCGCUCAAAGAGAUCGGUCCCAAUCCAUCUUCUCCGCGUGCUCUGGGUGAUUUGUUGAUGCGUUGGGUGGAUGAUAUGGAAUCACCUUAUCAACGGUAUUGCGAUAAUUAUUUCACAGAUUUCGACAGUUGGCCUACUGUUCAGGGAAACGCAAAGUUGCCCGGUUUACUAGAAGCCGCUUCUGAAUCUGCUCAAGCUGAUGGCACACCUGUCAUUUAUUCCGACAAGAAACGAAAGCCAGGACAGGUUUGGACUUUGGAUCAAUUGUUUGGUUUGCCACAAACACGAUUGAAGUAUUACAAGAAGCUCUAUUCACGCCUUUUGAAGAGUACACAAGAAGGCAGAAGUGAUCAUAAAUUAUUGGUUGGAGCAAAUGAACGAUUAGAUGAUCUACUAGAACGAUCGAAGAAUCGAAUUUCCAUGUCAAUUCUCGAUGAUGGACCUAUUCCAGGAGGGCACAGAAGAAGCGGCGACAGCUCUGUAGAUGCUGACACGACGGAAAAUACAAGAGAAAGCACUGAACAGAAUAGAAUUUCAUCAUCAACUUCCAUGUCCGGGCCAGAUUCACGAUCGACAGUUCCCUCAUCAAUAAUACGAGAGGAGAUCAAGCCGUCUUUCUCAUCCAUUGUGCAUCCUACGCAGCAAGAGCCUGUUCAGCCUACAAUUGUUACACCAAUAGAUCCACCUCGGAUUCAAACAUCUUCGUCUACUUCUUCUCGUGCUACAUCUACAGCCUCGCUAGAAGACUUAGAGGUCAGAUUGGACACUUCAAAAACAUUGGAUAUCUUUACGAUGAAGCCAAAGAAAUGCCAACUUCGAAUGAACCCUCCAGGUAUACCCUUCAAGAGAGAGUUACGCAAAGCUGCUGAUGUUAUGAUUUAUUUCACACCUUCCAGUACAGGUCAAGAGUUGGUUUUGAGGAGAGCGCAUUUGUUCCUCUUGACCGAUCUUUUCCUCAUUUGCGAACGUAUGACACCUGGUGAACGUGCGCAAAGACCUAAUGAUCCAGCAGAUAUGUGGCUGCUAUACCCUCCCUUGGCAGGAAAGCAUUUGCGUGUACUGGAAGACGGCAAUCAGCCAAAUGCUUUCACGUUGAUGAUUUUGAAAAAGGAAAAAUUGAUUGUCAAUACGGAAUCUAGAGAAGCGAAGGAUGAUUGGAUUAGACAGUUGGAAGAUUGUCAAAAGUUCGGCGCUAAGCCUAUGAAUAGACCUUCGCCUCCUCCGUUGAUUCCUACUUCAAGUCAACAAGGAAUGCAACCUGGAAUGAUUGCUUCGCCACCCCUUUCUGGUUUUGCAUCACCUCCAAAUGCCUUGUCUCCUAGACCGAUGAUGAAUGGUAGACCCCCCUUUCCCCCUAAUCCGCACUCUGCACCACCGAUGCCCAAUGUGCCCCCUCCACCUCAUUUGUUGAACAAUGGAAACGAUAGUUGGAAUGGUAGACCGCCUCAAUCUCGACCAUCACCACCGCAAAAUCCUCAAUCUGGUCCAGGUAUGUAUGGUGUUCGCCCAAUGAAUCCGCAUAUGCCAUUCGGCCGACCAAAUGGUCCGCCGAAUGGUAUGUUUGGAAAACCAAUGCCGCCCAGACCUGGACAAUAUAUUCCGCAAGGAGGACCUUUGGGAUUGGGACGACCACAAAUGCCAGGCAGGCCGCCAAAUUUCCAACCAAGGGAUAUGUCAAGAAGACCUUCUGCGCCUGAUCUUCAUGAUCAAAAUCAGAGAGGACCACCAGGUCCACGCAGAUCCAGUGGAGAUGGUAGACCGCCAAUGCGUUCGAGAUCCGCUUCUAGUUCAGCAUCUGGACCGCCAAAGUUGCCUUCUGAUUUCUUGAAAAGUACAGCAAGAAAUGCAAGCACAGAUCAAGAAUACAGUCCACCUUCAAGUCCGACGAGACCUAGAGGACCGAAAUCGUCUACGGUAGCAGCACAAAUGCGAUGCAGGUUAUACCUUAAACAAAGUCACGGUCAAUGGAAAGCAUUGGGAAAUGCACGUUUGAAGUUAUAUCACAUUUUACCGGAAGAUAUUAAGCAAUUGGUCGUUGAAAAUGAUAAAAAGCCAACGCCUUUGAUCUCAAGUAUCAUUUUGCCAGACGGUGUUGAACGUGUUGGAAAAGUGGGUGUCGCAGUGGAAUUGAGCGAUAACGGUAGUCGAACAGGAAUCAUUUAUAUGCUUCAUUUGCGAUCCGAAGAAUCCGCGUUUGCUCUUUUUGGACAAUUAUUAGAAGGUUCAGAUCGAACCGUGAUGGGUUCAGAGCGUGAUGCUUUAUAA